CCUCGCCCAUCCCUAAAGGGAAAAAAAGAAAUAUCGGAGAGAAGAGCGACGCCAGUAAAGUCAGUAAAAUAGGGAAAGCGAAAGAUAUUUAAAGAAACAUUUGGUUAUAAGAAGAACAAAUUCGCGCAACCUCACUGAUAAGCACGCGGUGAUCAAACUUCAUUGGACAGGAGGAAGCAUUCCUAGACAAGGCAGGUCUUCUGCUUAAGAUUAUAAGACCACUGUUUCAUUCCUCAGUUUGCUACCAUGCCUCUCCACAAAUCAUCUUCUCGAACCCCGCGGCUGGACCCCACCAUGAUCUCCGCUCCACUGGGUGAUUUCCGUCACACCAUGCACAUUGGUCGAGGUGGAGAUGCUUUUGGUGACACCUCCUUCCUGUCCAGCCAUGGCCCCUCUAGUCCUAAUCCCACGUCUGUGCAACAACCAGCCAUGGGAGCCACUGUAGAGACCACAGACAAUCAGAUGAACCAUAACAAUGAAAUUGAAUAUGCAGAAGAUAGUGGUCCAAAUGAGCUCCGGCACUCCGAUUCAGUUUCUUCCUUUGACCUCGACUUGGAUUUAGGGCCUUCGAUUUUAGGAGAUGUCCUGGGAGUGAUGGACGGAAUGACGAUGAGUUCUCACAAAGACAAUGAAGACGUGUUUAGUCCCAGCAGGAGCUCGAGGGAUGUGAUGAUGUCACCAGGGAAUGCUGCCAAUGAGUUGAAUGAGAGGAUAAGGAUGGAAAGUAUGACCACAGAGGGGAGCCAUCCAGAUGAGCAGUUGAAUGAGGCGAACGGUGUGAAAUCAAAAGGGCUCAGGCCCAAAGUGCGAUUCAGCAACAAACAAGAUGAGAUCAUCGGUCGACAGGAAGUAAUCGAGGGGCUAGAUGUGGAAGUAGAAGAAGAAAUGGGCUUGAGACCAAAUAAGGGGAUGCAAGAGAUUAGUGGGAGAACGGCUCAUGACAAAGACCCAAGACAAGCAGUGGUGGUUAAUCAGAAAGAGGACAACUCUCCAAGCCUCUCUUCCUCAGUGAGCUCAGAGUAUGAGGGAGUUUCACUGCUGGACCGGAGGAGAGAAGACCAGCAUCUUUCAGAAACAGAUUCAGAGGAGGAAGGUGCCAACGGACAACAAGGAUACACUUUUGAGGAUGAAUUUGAUGAUGAGAUUGGCCUAUAAAAGGACAUAGUGAGCGAUUUGAGGACCAAAAAUAAGUCAUUGGCAUUUGGAUCAUGACAUACGAACAGAAUUAUUCUUAAAAAAAAAAAAAAAUCCAUAGAGAGAGAGUUAAUGAAAAUAUCUUCUCGAGGUAAAAACUGGACAAUCUGGAACUUUCCUUUCCAGGUUUACAAUGGUGUUUGCUCAUUUUGGAACUAUUUCAUGAAAGUAAGACAAUGUUGCGGUUUUGUUUUAUUGGAUUUACUACAAAUUUUGAAAGUCUCCCAUGGACAGUGUGAUGUCUUACAAAGAAUUGCCUAUGAACAAAUCUAUUCAUACAUUUCCCAUGGUCUCAGCUAUAUAAAAUUGAGCAGUAGAUGUUCAGUUUUUCCAGUUCGUAACUCCGUUAUAGGGCACUUUACCUUCUUCAGGUAACUGAACACAGCUUUAAUCUCAAUGGAGAGUGAAUACCUGCAGUUCAACCUGAAUGGAACAAAAAGGUGAUGCUUUGAAUGACAGCUGACUUUUUAAAGCCAAACACAACAUACUAAGUUAACUAAAUUAUUGUUUAUAUUAUGGUUAUCUAUAGUGCCUUACACGACAAUGUUUUUCAACUUUGACUUGCUUAGUUUCACUGAAAAGUCAACAAUGAAACGUUUCUUUUUGUGGGAAGAUGCAAGGUUGCUGGAUGCAUUCACAAAUGCUGGAAUUUUCUCCUGGGAGUUUUCAUCAUUACAUAUGCAUUCAUAUCUUAAAAUGCAAUAAGCAAUCACAUUGUGUAUUGUUUUUGGAGAUGUACUCGUUUAAGAAGUGUAAAAAUGAAAUGCACAUAAUAGUUACACACUACAAAGUAGUCUUAAAGCUGAACAGCUGCAAAAUGCAUAUAGCUUUUAAACUGUGAAUGAAAACAUUCUGGUUGAUUAUUUGACUAGUUCUCGACUAGAUCCAUAAAAAUAAGCAUGAAAAGCUUUAAUAGGUUGAGUUUCAUUUUUAAAAGCAGUUGCUUUUGUCUUGCUUUCACAGUUGUUUGAUUUGAAUGCUGAAGAAUAUAUAACAGACAAUCAGUGAUUAUUUUACACUCCAAACCACUCUGCCAAUUGAAAAAAUGUUGGGCUAGACCAAAGUGUGUAAUUAAAGUUUUAUUCAACUUUU